UUUUCUUUUGCUCUGAACGAAAUGGCAAUGAACGGAGACGACAAGAAGAUUUACAACUUGGUGCAAGAGCACAAGCCAUCGUACGAAACGCUGCACCUCGGCAACGAAGACACGAUCAAGGAAGGCCUCCUCACCAAGAUUGGCGGCCGACCAAAGACCAUCCAAGUCUGGGAGAAGCGCCACUUUGCCGUCAAGGGCAACUUUGCCUACUACUUUUCAAACAAGCAGCCGGUCACGAUUGAGCCAUGCAAGGGCGUCAUUUAUCUGAAAGGUGCAACAAUCUCCAAGGCUGAGGUUGGCUUUAAAAAGUUCGUCAUCAAGAUUGAGCCGACUGUCGCGCGCAAGCCAGGCUGGGACUUGGACGAGACCUCCUGGUUCCAUCUCUGCUGCAAGGACGAGCAGGAGCAGAGUGAAUGGAUUCAAGUGCUGGGCAACGUUAGCUCUGGUCAUCAAUGAGCUAGCAAUAGGGGGAAUACGUUCUUGUGUGUUUCCGAAUGAGCGCACGUUUCGGCGCAGCGCAGUUGUUUAGAAUGGUUGCUUCAUUUGACGUGUUUCGUGUUCGUUGCGGUAGUGUAUAAGGUGGAAAUAGAGUUCCGUUUUUUUGUGUCUAACA